AUGACCAUCAGCGAGCAUGUUCCCGAAUCGAACGUAGAUGUGCUCAUUAUUGGCGCCGGCCCGGCCGGAUUGAUGGCUGCGUGCUGGAUGGCACAUUGUGGUGUGACAACCCGAAUCAUCGAUAAAAGGGGCACCAAGAUAUUCUCCGGCCAAGCUGACGGGCUUCAAUGUCGAAGUCUCGAGAUAUUUGACAGUUUCGGCUUCGCGGAUAGGGCAUGGAAAGAAGCGAACCAUAUGAUAGAGAUAUGCCUCUGGAAUCCCGGGCCUGAUGGCAUAAUUCGUCGUUCAGACCGUAUUCCAGAUACGAUUGUAGGACUUUCUCGGUUCCAGCAGAUUACGCUACAUCAGGGACGCAUCGAACGCUUCUUUCUAGAUAAUAUCAAGAAGUAUUCUAACGAUACCAUCAAAGUGGAACGCGGGGUCCUUCCGGAAUCUCUGGAGAUCGACGAGACGGAAGUCGAGGACCAAUCUUCCUAUCCGGUGACUGUGAAGCUGCGCCACCUCACCGACGAAGAGGCAACUCCCCAGCAGCAGAUCAGCGGAAGCAAGAUAUCAGAUGGCCUUUUCCGGAGCAAUCUGACGCAUACAGAUGACGAAGACGACUUGAUUCGAAAGAACAAGUCCCGGGCUGGGACCGGGGAGAUAGUCCACGCAAAGUACGUCAUUGGAUGCGAUGGUGCGCGCAGCUGGACUCGGCGCGCCUUAGGCUUUGAGUUGCUGGGCGAGGCGACCGAUUCUAUCUGGGGUGUCCUUGAUAUUAUACCCAUUACCGACUUUCCUGAUAUCCGAAUGCGAUGUACUAUUCAUUCGACCGAGAAUGGCACCUUGAUGGUAAUCCCCCGGGAGGAUAAACUUGUUCGGCUCUACAUCCAAUUAAAAGAGGUAACUCCCGAUGCUUCAGGUCGUGCGGACAGGUCUAAGAUUAGCCCUGAUUCCAUUUUCAAUGCGGCCAAAAAGAUUCUUAGUCCCUAUAAGAUUGACUAUGAAUAUUGCGCUUGGUGGACUGCAUAUCAGAUCGGCCAAAGAGUGGCCACGCGGUUUGAUUCUCAUGAACGCGUCUUCCUCGCAGGAGAUGCCGUGCACACGCACUCCCCAAAGGCUGGUCAAGGCAUGAACAUUUCUAUGAAUGACACCUAUAACCUUGGCUGGAAGAUAGCGCUCGUCGCAAAGGGUAUCGCAAAGCCAAGUAUCUUGAGCACGUACCAGAGCGAGCGGCGCAAAAUAGCUCAAGAUCUCAUCGACUUCGACCAUCGCUUUAGUAGGUUCUUUUCCGGGAGACCAGCUAAAGACAUCAUGGACGCUGAAGGUAUUAGCAUGGGGGAAUUCAAAGAGGCCUUUGAGAAAGGCAACUUGUUCGCAUCUGGCUUGAGUGUCAACUACGAACCCAGCAAUCUUGUUAGCAAGGCCGUGGGUGAAUCGAAAGAAGUACUGAGCGAUGCGACCAGUUCGGCCAACGCGUUCACAAAGCAAUCACUUGCUAAAGGUCUGCCCAUCGGGAUGCGCUUCAACAGCUUCAAGGUGGUCAACCAGUCUGACGCUCGACCCUGGCAUUUUCAGGAGAAACUUAGGUCGACCGGCCAAUUCCGCAUAGUCGUCUUUGCAGGAAACAUCUUGAGCCCCCCACAAAAGAAACGCCUGGAAGAUUUCUGCGAGGCACUAGGUGCGCCAGAUAGCUUUUUCCGCACUUCUGCCACAUCUAGUCCCCCACUGGACGCACCCAUCGAAGUGUUGACAAUACAUUCUGCGGAGAGGGUUGAGACAAAUUUGAUGGACUUCCCCGAGAUCCUUCAUCCCUAUAAUCCGCAUACCGGCUGGGACUACGAUAAGAUAUUCGUAGACGAUGUAAGCUAUCAUGAGGACACUGGAAAGGCUUACGAGAAUUAUGGUGUGGACAAGGAGCGAGGGUGCGUUGUGGUAGCCAGGCCGGACCAGUACGUCGGUUGGGUGGGUGAUCUCGAGGACUUCAAGGAUCUGCAGAGGUACUUCGAGGGAUGCCUCAUGCUUAGCCUCCGGGCGUAA